AUGGAGAGUGGACUUCCCGCCGGUAUAGUGCCAAAGGGAGUUACCAAUUUCUCGAUCGACAUCAAAACGGGGCGUUUCACCGUCGCUCUUCCUGUUCCCUGCGAUGCUAAAUUCGAGAACCAGUUUCACUUCGACUACAACAUCUCCGGUGUUCUUUCCGAUGGCCGGAUCGGGAAUUUAUCUGGUGUGACGCAGAAGGAGCUGUUCCUGUGGUUUGCUGUUAAAGGAAUACAUGUGGAUCCAGAGAGCUCUGGGUUGAUCCACUUCGAUGUCGGUGUCGCUGAUAAGCAGCUUUCUCUCUCGCUGUUCGAGUCGCCCCGAGAUUGUACCGCCGCGGAAUCUAAACCUAAUACGUUUGAUCUCUCUAGAAUCCGUGAUUUGAAGAAGCAAUCAGGAGAUAUCCAAUCGAUCUUGGGACCACGAAGAGAACGCUGGACAGUAUCAUCAUAA